UGACACGAUCAACAAGAAGUGACUAAAUAGAAGGAACAGGAAUCAAAUAGGUGACUGACCAUCGUGGAUCAAAGCUGGGAGGCGCUUUAACUAGCCACAAUUCGCUCUUGGUGCUCUUCAACCUCUCCAUCAGCGUACUGGUGCAAGGUUUGUGGUUCAGGCACACAAAGUCAUCAGGACAUUUAUACGUGCUGCUCUUCUCUACAAAGGAGAAAGAUAUUCCAUUCAAUACCUCACACGUUCGAUGGAUCGAAUGACAUUUAGAUGCUUGCUCUUUAGAAAAUGUGAAUUUGUUUGCCGAUUUACCCAAUUCUUUUCGCUUAAACGACGCCUCCGCUGGCAACUUGUCCGCCUCGUCCUCGCUCGAGGAAGAAAUAUCUCGGAGCAUUUUUUUUAAUAUUUAAAAACGACUUAAAAGUUUGUUUAAAUUGUUUCAUUUGGGUGUUUUGCAGAAAUGCACGCGUGCCCGUGGACACCCAAUUGAACUGUGAACUCUUUGUACGUCACUUCCUGCGUCGUCCACGUUUGUAGUCCAACGACAAGACGUGGGGGCAUUAACUUGCUUUGAAACAGUCUGAUUAAAAAACUUCAUCAUCCACAAUGCAACGCGCUUCCUAACGCGAGUCUGGGGGCGUAGUUGGUUACCUCGCUUGCAGUGCCAUCUGUUUGUAGUCCAAUGAGCACACGUGGUGCGUUGCUUAGCUUUGCUAGAGUUCGACAUAAAAACUACAUCACCCACAUUACACUUCAACUAGUUACGUAAGUCUUUAACGUUCUCGGGGAGAGCGGGUUGACAGCAUUGAACAGGCCGAAGUGGGUAAACAAAUCAGAAAUGUGAGGGGGGGACAUCGUCUAAAUUGCCAAAGUUUUGUUUCGGUUUGCAUUGCUAUUAUGUUUGUACUUUUUACAAAACCUGCCGCAAAGAUUUGAAAGAUAAGCUAGUUAGUAAAGAGCGCCAGCUAUAAGUUAAAUAGGUUGCGUUAGCUAACGUGUGCUCGCUGGGGUUAGCCGGCUAGCCAGCCCACCAGCGGUCUUGCCUUCCGGGCGUCAUGUCGUCUCCUUCGUCGUCGUCGCGGCGCCAGUGGUGCUACCUGUGCGACUUGCCUAAGAUGCCGUGGACAGUGGUGUGGGACUUUAGCGAGGUGGUGUGCCGCGGCUGCGUCAACUACGAGGGCGCCAACCAGAUCGAGUUCUUGAUAGCCAGCGCGCGGCAACUGAAGCGCAGCCACGGCAUUCAGGACGGGAACGUCCGCUCGCCCGGACCGGGACCUUCGCCUCACAAGCACGCCGUGCCUAGCCGCGGAGAGCCGGCGACGGACGGCGCUCGGUCGCAAGGUGAGCGCUUCGACCGCGGAGGCCGAGGAGAUGGCGGCGGCGUAUCCGCGGCUCGGGUGCCGCCCAACGGGCUGCACCGCGAGGGUCAACCGCCGCAAGAAGUCAACCGACAGAGUCCCAGCGGCAGCCGGAGACCCAUGAUCGGGGCGGCCAUACCCCCGAAUUUAGUGACUCAGAGCAUAGCCGGGAUCCCCCACGGGCUGCUGGCGGGCAUGCCGGCCGGCCUGACUGCCAGGACGGCCCCCAUGAGCGGCCCGAUGAUCUUCCCGGCGCCGGUGCUAGCCGAGAUGAACCGCCGCCAGCUGGGCAUCGGCAUGGGCAUCGCCCCCUUCAUCACACCGGAGCUCGAGCGGGAACUGAGCUCGUCCCAGCCCAAGUCGCAGUCCCAGGGUCACGCGGGAUCCAGCAAGAACGCCGGCUUGCCCUCCUCGUCGGCCUCAGUCAGUCAGACCAGCCCAAAGCCCGCGUCGUCGCCGGCCAGACAGCCGCGAGCCCCCGCCUCCCGCGCCGGGGGAGAGCCGCUGGCGUCCGGCGGGUCGUCAGAGGCUGCCACAGCCGCCGCGGCCGCGCUGCCCCACAGCGGAGCGUCCGAGAUGGGCUCGACGUCAGGCGGCAGCAGUGGCAGCAGCAGCCUGACCGGAAGCACCCUGUCCUGCACGCUUUGCCACGAGAGGCUGGAGGACACCCACUUCGUACAGUGUCCGUCCGUGCCGGGACACAGGUUCUGCUUCCCCUGCACCCGAGUGUACAUUCAGAGCCGGCGAGGUGACGGCGAGGUUUACUGCCCUAGCGGUGAUCGCUGCCCGCUGGACACGUCAGCCAACAGCCCCCCUUGGGCGUUCAUGCAGGGCGAGGUGUCUACCAUCCUGGGCACCGGCAUGGCGCCUGCCCCCUCCGCUGCCCCUCCCGGAGCCGGACCCGGCGGGGCCAACGGGUCUGCAGCGCAGAGCGUCGACGUCACCGUCAAGAAGGAGCGGGAGACGUGAUGGCGGUUUCCGUGACAACCUGGAACAAAGGCGGGGAAAGGCGGUGAAUGUUGCUUCAGUAGCGUUGACGGCGAGGGAUCGAACGUCCCUCGCCGUCAACGGGCAUGAAUGACAUGGAUAAAAUGCUGACAACAACAACCCAAUGAAAACAUACAAUUUCACGUGAUCUGCCUUUCAUUGUAUGAAUGUACAAGUGAUAUCCCUUCUAAAAAGUUCCUGGUUGUUUCUAUCGAAAUGGUUUGCGGCAUUUCAGAGCAAAACUGUUGUUUUACUUCAUUAAGUUCUAUGUCCUUUUUUGUUGUUGUUGUUUGUCUUAUGGUAAAAGCCGAUUGUUCCUCACACACGAACCAACCAAAGCCAAUCUAUGUGUAUACAAUCUAUACGGCCACAUGCUAAUAAUGCUAACGGUGUAAGACAAGUAAGUGCCUUCCCGCCGCGGCGAUGACGAAUCUGCUAGCUCGUCUUUUGACUUAAAAACUUCUUGUAAAAAAUGUGGAAAUAAACCAGACGUGGAAAACAAAAAAGUUUGUUGUGUGUCUACUUCUGGCCGCAAGGUGACGUUGUGGUGCUAGCUAAAUCUGUCCAUGUAAAUUUCAAUAGGAUUUUAAGAAAGUGGAUGUGUGGUUUCCUCCAUUAGUGUCAACUCAUUACCGCUAUUGUUGAAGCAAUUAUACACGUGUUAAUGGACGACGUGGGGAGCA